AUGGCCGGCUUGAUGGACGUCGACCGGACCCGUUCUCGGAGGGAGAGGACAUUCGUCGGGAGCGAAUGCGCCGUGUGUGAAGAACCCUUGGAGCAUACCCUGCGCGGGGAGCGUGUCCUGCAAUUUUCCUGCGCUCAUGUCUCCCACGAGGCUUGCUUUUAUGAGUAUAUCCGAGAGUGUGAGGGCCAGUAUUGCCCAACGUGUGAUGCCCCGUUGGGGCUGGACACGAGUCGUGGGGGGAACGUGUUGGAUCUCGAGAAACUCAGCAACAUCGUCCGCUCCGUGACCAGCGAUGCCGCCACCGCGCGCAGUGGUCUGACCACUCCCACGCCCUGGGACCAGCCCCAGGGUCGACUCGCCCCCCCGAGUGAGAUGACCCGCCGGUCGUCUCACAACCGGGAUAGUCGCGACAUGUACAGCACCCGACGCGACAGCCGAGACACCAGCAGCCAGCGGGACCGCGUCGAACGGCUGACCAUCGGCUCGCGCCCCCAACACGGCCGCAACGAUAGUCUCGCCGGCUCGUCGGGCGACUACAAUGACGCCCAGAUCGCGAGCAACGGCCGCCGUCACGAUUACGAUUUGCAGGCCAUGGAGUCGGACCUGAGCCCGCGGCCCGGCUCGACCAAGAACCCCAUCCCAGCCCCGACCGUGACCAUCCGCAGCGAAUUCCCCACACUCAAUCGGUCUCGUCAACAACAGUCUCUGACCUGCUUGAUCACCGUCGAAGUUCCCGAGGGCUGGCGGGCGAGCGCCGAUGACAUUCGUCAGAGUACUAUGGACCAGCCGUUGCCCCUGGACGAGCCGUACGCGGCCGUGCGUCGCCCUUCCGCCCAGGAGACUCGUCACCUGCCGCCCCUGUCGUUCGAGCCGCAGGAGAAUUUAGACGAGGUCGCCGAGAAUCUCCGGUCCCGCGUCGACAACUGGCACGGUCUCGAAUUCCAACGAUUCGGAAAGCUCCGUCUGCACGGUCACAUGCGGGUGGGCAAGGAUCGGGAAUCGUGGCAGGAACUCGAGUGUUUCCUGUUCGCGGAGAUGCUUAUCUGUGUCAAGGAAAAGCGGAUCAAUGACCACCGUCACCCCGAUGAUCCGGCGAAACGGACCACGCGGACGACGCUGAAGGGCUCGAUCCUCAUCAAGCGACAUCUGCGCGGCACCGAGGCCUCGCCUGAGGAACCGGUGCUGGCCUUGCAUCUGUCCGUGAAUGAGCUUCCGUGCUUCUAUCUCCGGUUCCAGAACCGAAAUCAGCUGGACCUCUGGCGUCGGGCCCUGUCGGACUUGAACCCCCCCGACAAUGCCUCCCGCCACACCGACUACGAUUUCGAUAACUCGGGCGCGGAGGAGGAAGACUACCGCGCCAGUCGGAUCCGACGACAGGCGUCGUUGAAUUCCUCCUAUGGCGCGGCGCGGUCCAACAACACGGCGAUCACUGACUACACGAACGUGGCCGGGGACAGCAUCCCGGCCGGCCCUACCCACAUCCCGCUCGACCUCGUCGUCGUGAUCCCCGUGUCGUCGUCCAUGCAGGGUCUCAAAAUCACCCUGCUGCGGGACGCGCUCAAGUUCCUGGUGCAGCAUCUGGGCCCCCGCGACCGCAUGGGCCUCGUGACCUUCGGAUCCAGCGGCGGCGGCGUCCCGCUCGUCGGCAUGACCACUAAAUCGUGGGCUGGGUGGAACAAGAUCCUCAGCUCGAUCCGCCCCGUGGGACAGAAGAGCCUGCGCGCCGACGUGGUGGAGGGGGCCAACGUGGCCAUGGACUUGCUGAUGCAGCGCAAAUCCGCCAACCCCGUCUCGACCAUCCUGCUGAUCAGCGAUUCGUCCACCUCCGACCCCGACAGCGUCGAUUUCGUCGUGUCUCGGGCCGAAGCAGCCAAGGUGGGGAUCCACUCGUUCGGCCUCGGACUGACGCACAAGCCCGAUACCAUGAUCGAGCUGUCCACGCGCACCAAGGGAUCAUACUCGUACGUGAAGGACUGGAUGAUGCUGCGGGAGUGUGUCGCCGGCUGCCUGGGCGCCAUGCAGACCACCUCCCACCAGAACGUCAAGCUGAAGCUGCGCCUGCCCGAGGGCUCGCCCGCCAAGUUCGUCAAGAUCAGCGGCGCCCUCCACACCACGAAGCGCGCCACCGGACGGGACGCCGAGGCCGCCCUGGGCGACCUGCGGUUCGGCGACAAGCGCGAUGUCCUGGUCCAGCUGGUCAUCGCGCCCGACCACUCCACGCAGGAGAGCAUGCCCCAGGAUCCCUGGGAGAGCCUGGUCUCGGGCCUGGAGGCCCUGGGCGGCGGAUCCGACGGGGAUGAACAGCGCGUGCUGAGCGUCGAGGAAGUCCCGCUGAUCCAGGCGGACCUCACCUACGGCGAUCUGCUCCGGGACGGCCAUCUGAUGCACUCGCCCCGGCCCUCCCUGCUGGCCAUCACCAUGCUACCCCCGAACCCCCGGGCCAAGGGCGGCCGUCCCAGCACGCCGCCCAUCCCGCCGCACCCGUCCAUCGUUCAACGCCGCAUGGAGCUGCUCACCUCGGACAUGCUUACCCGCGCCCUCACGCUGGUCUCGCGCGGACAGCACGACCGCGCCCAGCACCUGCUGAUCGAGACGCGUGGCAUCCUCAAAGGCCUCGGCAAGGGCAGUCUGCCCCCUCUGCCCCCGGGCGCCGUGAGACCGCCCCACGGAAGCGACUCCGGCAGCCGGGUCGGCACGCCCACGUCGACGUCCCCGAAGUCGUCCACCUUCGCCGACAGCCACUCAUCGGGCACCUCCGAGGCCGCGACCGUGACGGGGGUGGCCGCAGUCGACGGGCAGACGAUGACAGCGCUCGACGGCGACUUGGAGUCCGCGCUGGAGUGGAUCAACCACCCCGCCGUGUUCGGACGCGACUCGCGCAAGGCCGUACUCCAAGCAAUCGGUGUGAUCUCAUCCCAACGCGCCUUCACCUACCGUUCCUCAUCAGAAGCCCACUGGGCGCAACGCGUCGCAGGCGUCCGACGCCUCACCGAACGAUCCCGGGACUGGCGCGAAACCGGCGACGACGCCCUGACCGAAGAAUAA